GCGUGAUGAUGAAGCAGAGAAGAAGAGGAAUUAGGGCUGAGUAGAAGAGAAGAUGAAGUAGGCCAGUUUCACCGAACGUUACCACAAAACCCAACAAUGGCGUCAAAGGCCGAGUCAUCAUCGACAUCAUCUUCGUCUCAGCGCCGAGACAUGAUUCACGUCUUCUGGCACGAAGGCAUGCUCGCUCACAACACCGGCACCGGCGUCUUCGACUCCGGCAUAGAUCCAGGCUUCCUCGACGUCCUCGACAAGCACCCAGAAAACGCCGACCGGGUCCGCAACUUAGUCUCCAUCCUCCGCAAAGGCCCCAUCUCCCCCUUCAUUUCCUGGCACUCCGGCCGAUCCGCAACCCUUUCGGAGCUCCAACUCUUCCACACUGCAGAGUACAUAGAGGAACUAGAGAAAGCCAAUGAAGCCGGAGGGAAAGAGCUCUGCGCUGGCACAUUCCUAAACCCCGGAUCAUGGGACGCGGCACUCAUCGCCGCUGGAACCACCAUAUCGGCAAUUAAACAAAUACUUGAUGGGCAUGCGAAGCUCGCCUACGCGCUCGUUCGCCCACCGGGUCACCACGCGCAACCUUCUCAGGCUGAUGGCUACUGCUUCUUGAACAACGCCGGCGUCGCAAUUCAGGUCGCUAGAAACUCCGGUUGUCAAAAAGUUGCUGUAAUCGACAUUGAUGUGCACUAUGGGAAUGGCACGGCGCAAGGGUUUUAUAGUUGCAGUGAAGUUCUCACUAUCUCUGUGCACAUGAAUCAUGGUUCAUGGGGCAAGUCUCAUCCACAGAGUGGAACUGUGGAUGAACUUGGUGAAGGUGAUGGCUUUGGAUAUAAUCUCAAUGUACCUUUACCUAAUGGCACUGGAGAUGAGGGCUAUGCUUAUGCUAUGGAUCAGCUUGUCGUUCCGGCUUUGCAUAAAUUCAAUCCCUCUUUAAUUGUUCUUGUUCUCGGCCAAGAUUCUAGCGCGUUUGAUCCGAAUGGAAGACAAUGUUUGACAAUGGAAGGGUAUAGGAGCAUUGGACGGAACAUUCGGCGUCUUGCUAAUAAGUUUGCAGAUGGAAAAGUGUUGAUUGUGCAGGAAGGAGGAUAUCAUGUGACUUAUUCUGCUUAUUGUUUGCAUGCAACUUUGGAAGGGGUUCUUGAUCUUGAGGAUGCUUUGCUUGAUGAUCCGGUUGCUUAUUAUCCUGAAGAUAGUGCUUAUUCUAUGAAGGUUGUUGAUGCUAUUCAGAGGUAUUGGAAAGACAAUGUUCCCUUCAUGAAGGAGUCCUGAGGCUUUAGAUGCAUUUUGUGGGGCUGCUAUAUCUGACUAUGUUUUCUUUUGUAUUUGUGUUUUGAUUUUGUUUAUGUUGGUGGGUGAUUGUAUUAAGUUAUUAAGAUUUGCAAAUAUGAUAAAUGAAACUAAAAAUUGUUUUUAUUUA